AUGUUCCCCUAUUGGGCUUGCGCCGUUGCCGGAUGCCCAAACGCUGCAGCUAUCGAUAUCGGAGGUUGUGAGCGAUGCCAGUCCAUGUACUGCUCACACCAUGUUGAUUCGAUCCACCACACGUGCGAGGAUACGCCCCUGGAUAGUGACGAAUUGAUCGCUGCCAAGACGGCAGAGUUGACAGCGCUGAGCAACAAGAUCAACCAUGGUGCCCUCGUCCGGCUUGCAACGGAGCUUUCUAGAGGCAAGCCAUGUCAACUCAACGAUCAAGACCCCAUGGGCUGCCACAUGAUGGGUGAUAGACACAUCCAUCUCCAGUUGAUCUUUGAAGACGGGACUGUUUGGCUUGCCAGAAUUCCUCGAGAGACAUACCGGUCUUUUGACAACCAGCUCAGCAAUGAAAUUCUGGCUAGCGAAUGCGCAACACUUCGCUGGCUCGAGUCUGUUGAUGUACCUGCACCACGUCUACAUGGGUACGGUCUCUACGAUGAUCCGCAGAACAAGGUUGGCGUUGCUUUUAUGCUCAUCGACAAGAUGCCUGGACGACCCUUCAACUCUCUCUCGGCCUCCAAGGAGCAAAAGACCAAAGUUUUGGGUCAAUGGGCAGAUAUUCUCUGCACUCUGAGCUCGCACCCUUUUCAAGAGUCGGGAUCCUUGAGGUUUGACAAUGACGGAACAAUCAAAGUCGGUCCCAUGGCGAGCGACAAGACGGCAAUGCUACCUUGUAUGGGCCCGUUCCAACAUGCCAAGGACCUCUAUAGCUCCUGGGCUGUUGCAUACCUCAGGAUCAUCACUGAAGGGCAAAUAUUUUCCGAUUUCGCUCUUGAUGCAUACAUCAUGUUCAAGUACAUUCUGCGACAGGUCAAGACUGGGCCUUGGCUCGACAGAUGGAGAGAUCUCAACUCGGGCCCCUUUUUCCUCAAGCACCCCGACGAUGAAGGCAGCCACGUCCUUGUCGACGACGAAUUUCAAAUCACGGGCGUCAUUGAUUGGACUUUUGCGAGAAUAGUCCCGGCAUUCGAGACUUUUGGUCCUUCACUCAUCUCUGCAGACAAUGACGAUCUAUUCUUUGGCGAGGUCGGACUGACCAACGAGGACAUGAUCUUGGGCCUAGAACUACAAUGCCGUGGAUCACCGUUCUGCUUCUUUCAGUCCGAUGAGAUACGCCGACUUCUGUUUGGCUUAGGGAUGGCGAUGAGCUUUGUACACGACGAGGCCAUCGGCGCAUUUCAAGGCUUGGUUGCCACCUUUGAAGGCCGGCCUCUCGAUUGGGACAAGUGGUGGCAUGCAAGUUUGAUCGAGUGGAAGGAUGACCCUUUCGUGUCCGCCCAUUCCCAAGAGAUUUCAACUCGACUCUUAAAUUCUAUCCCCGAGGUCCCUCGCUUCGCUUCAUGCUCAUACCUAUACUGCACUCGAUCAAGUGUCCGUGGACGAAGAUGCCAUUCUUGUUGGAACGACUUAUGUGCUAUUCAUAUACUUCCCCGGUACCACCUUUGUCUUCUAGACAACUACAUGCUCGAUGAUGACGAGGAGACGGAAGCGCACAUGGAGGUCGAGGCUCUCCUUACCCAAGUGAAUGCGUAUCAGCUUUUGCGAGUUGCCAGUUCUCUCCGUCACGGUAAACGCUGCAUGUUUUUCCCUGGAAACUACAUUGGACGUGGUUCAAUGAUGGGUUCUUCGAAUUACCAUGUCUGGAUUCUGUUUGAAGACAGAGUCACAUGGCUCGCUCGAAUACCUCGGGACGCAACCUUUGCAGACACUCCCUCCGACCUUGCUGAGUACAUAGUCGAGAGCGAAUACGCUACACUCAAAUGGUUGGGUGGUCUCACAUUUCCUACCCCAAGGGCUCACGGGUAUGGGCUCGCUUCCGAUCCUGAAAACCUAGUCGGCGUGAGUUAUAUCCUCGAAGAUGCCAUGCCAGGGCAGCCAUUCAACCCUCGCCUGGCUACCGACCAACAAAAGACACAUGUCUAUAACCAAUACGCGAGAAUUCUUAUCGAGAUUAGUCGCCAUACUCGAACACAGGCCUUCUCCUUCGUCCCAGGCGACGGAAUGAUGAAGCAAGGACCCAUCGCGAGCAAUCGGGAUCGCACACUUGAAAAACAUGGGCCUUUCCACACAUCGCGGGACUAUUUUACCUCGACCGCAGAGCACCAGCUACGCUUAAUUGCAGACGGACAGCUCUGCCCAGAAUAUCCCAAAGAGGCAUUUGUGUUUUACCGGAUGCUGAGAGAUCGAGUUGCUCCCAUAUUAGCAACCCCGUCGCGCAUUGGCGGGUUCUACUUGAAGCACGCUGACGAUAUUGGGGAUCAUCUACUUGUCGACAAGAACUACAACAUCACUGCCGUCAUUGAUUGGCAGUAUGCGCGCUUUGUUCCACCGCGCGAGGCGUUUGGUCCCUCUUUGUUCACGGCCAACCUUGGCAACCUGCAUAGAGGUGUUGCAGGUCUUUGUGCAGAUGAUAAGCUUCUCUCUACGUGCCUGAGGCGUCAGGGCAGGGCAGAUCUUGCAGACUUGGCGAGAGGGAGUGAGCUUUCUCGCCGGUUCCAUCUCGGUCUCUCCUCUGGGCUCGAAAAGCCUGAGAUCUCACGGUUGAUCAGAGCUGUGCUUUGCUUGCUCGAUGGCAGAGAGGCACCGAGAUCGGGGGUUAGAGCUUGGGUGGAGCAGGAGUGGGCCUGCGCUGUUGGAGAUCCGUGGCGUGAGAAGACGAUGAAGCUGGUUCAGGACAUUGAGAGAGCAAAGCUUGAAGAGGCAUGA